UCAUCAGUGGAGCUAAGGUUCCAACAGCAGUCAGUCAGCGGCAGUUAAUCAACCCCCAUCCGAAUCCAAUUCGCAUUCCAAGCCAAAUCCAAGGACUCACAAAGCUCAUCAAGAUGCGUCACGCUCUACUCGUUGUCUUCCUUUGCGGCCUGCUCUUUGCAUUUGCCUCGGCUGGAUUGCUGGGUGGCGGAGGUGGCCAUGGCGGCGGUGGCCAAGGAGGUUGGCAAAAUAAUGGUGGAGGACAGGGAGGCCAUGGCGGCGGUGGCCAAGGAGGCUGGCAAAGCGGCGGCGGCGGCGGUGGAGGAGGAGGCCAUGGAAGUGGCGGCCAAGGAGGCUGGCAAAAUGGCGGCGGCGGUGGACAAGGAGGCUGGCAAAGCGGCGGCGGCGGUGGAGGAGGAGGCCAUGGAAGUGGCGGCCAAGGAGGCUGGCAAAAUGGCGGCGGCGGCAGCGGCGGUAGAGGUGGAUAUGGCGGCGGUAGCAGGUCUUUGGCUGGCAAUCGUGGAAGUUCAGUCUCCUGGCAGGGAGGCAAUGGAGGUGGCGGCGGCGGCGGUGGCAAGCACGGCGGAGGAGGCUGGUAAGCCACUCCAAACCCCAACACCAACACCAACAACAACACCAACACCAAACUACUCCAGCAGCUGACGCUGAUAUGUGUUCCAUGGCAUAGAGAUAGAGACACCAUAAUAAUUUUUUUUUGAUCCAAAGCUUCUGCCCCAACUGUUUCUACUAUUAUUUCUAUGUUUUUUUUUACUAAUAAAGAAAUUUAAUGCAUUUUA